GCAUCAUGGCCGCGAAGUCGGACGGGGGGCGGCUGAAGAUGAAGAAGGGUAGCGAGGUGGCGUUCACGCCGCUGCAGAACUCGGAGCACUCGGGCUCGGUGCAGGCGCUGGCCUCGGGCUUGCCCUCGUCGGCGGCGGGGCCCGGCGGUGCUGAAGACGACGAAGCGCCUGGCGGCGGCUGUUGCAGCUCCGGCGGCGGCUGCCGCUGCUGCUGCUGCGGCGGCGGCGGCAGGGCGGCUGGGGGCUCGCGGGGCUCGGGCGGAGGCUCGUCGUCGCUGUGCCUGCGGCUGGGGCGGGAGCAGCGGCGCUACUCGCUGUGGGACGGGCUCUGGAUCCUGGCCGCCGUGGCCGUGUACUUCGCGGACGUGGGCACGGACCUCUGGCUGGCGGUCGACUACUACCUGCGCGGCCAGCGCUGGUGGUUCGGACUCACGCUCUUCUUCGUGCUGCUCGGCUCCCUGUCGGUGCAGGUCUUCAGCUUCCGCUGGUUCGUGCACGACUUCAGCAGCGAGGACAGCGCCGCGGCGGCUCCUGCCUCCGCCUCCUCUUCAGCCGGUGCCGGGCACGCCGAGAGCAAACUGCUGGUGAGCAGCGGCUCGGCCGCGGGGGACAUGGAUGCCGGGGCUCGGCCGGCCACGCCGCAGCGGCAGGCGUCCAAUGCCAGCAAGGGCAACGCCACCAACAGCAGCAACAGCAGCACCACCAAUGCCACCAGCACUACCGGCGGCGGCGGCGGCGGCGGCCUCAGGGCCCCCAAGAGCCGGUCCGCCUCCUGCGCCUUCUGCAUCUGGCUCCUGCAGUCCCUCAUCCACAUCCUGCAGCUGGGGCAGAUUUGGAGGUAUUUCCACACUAUAUAUUUGGGCAUCCGGAGCAGACAGAGUGGAGAUAGUGACAGAUGGCGCUUUUAUUGGAAAAUGGUCUAUGAGUAUGCAGACGUGAGUAUGCUGCAUUUGCUUGCUACAUUUCUGGAAAGUGCCCCACAACUGGUUCUGCAGCUCUGCAUUGUUGUACAGACACGUACUCUUCAAGCCCUCCAAGGUCUUACUGCUGCAGCAUCUCUUGUGUCUUUGGCAUGGGCUCUGGCUUCAUAUCAAAAAGCUCUUCGUGAUUCCCGUGAUGAUAAGAAACCUAUCAGUUAUAUGGCUGUAAUAAUCCAGUUUUGCUGGCAUUUCUUCACAAUUGCAGCCAGGGUGAUUACUUUUGCUCUGUUUGCCUCUGUUUUCCAACUAUACUUUGGGAUCUUCAUAGUCCUCCACUGGUGCAUCAUGACCUUCUGGAUUGUGCAUUGUGAGACAGAGUUCUGCAUCACUAAGUGGGAAGAGAUUGUCUUCGACAUGGUCGUUGGGAUAAUUUAUAUCUUUAGUUGGUUCAACGUCAAGGAGGGAAGGACACGCUGUAGGCUUUUCAUUUACUAUUUUGUGAUCCUUUUGGAAAACACUGCCUUGAGUGCCCUUUGGUACUUGUACAAAGCUCCUAUGAUUUCUGAUGCAUUUGCCAUACCGGCACUAUGUGUGGUGUUCAGCAGCUUUUUAACUGGCAUUGUUUUUAUGCUGAUGUACUAUGCCUUCUUUCAUCCUAAUGGACCAAGGUUUGGGCAGACACCAAGCUGUGCUUGUGAGGACUCUGUAGCUGCCUUUACUCUUCCUCCAGAAGUAGCAUCAAGUACUUUAAGGUCUAUUUCUAAUAACCGAAGUGUCACAAGUGACCGGGAUCAGAAAUUUGCAGAGAGAGAUGGGUGUGUGCCUGUCUUUCAGGUGCGACCUACUGCACCUUCUACCCCUUCAUCCCGGCCACCGAGGAUUGAAGAAUCUGUCAUUAAAAUUGAUCUCUUCAGGAACAGGUAUCCAGCAUGGGAGAGACAUGUAUUGGACAGGAGCCUAAGGAAGGCCAUUUUAGCUUUUGAAUGUUCUCCUGCUCCUCCACGGCUACAAUAUAAAGAUGAUGCCCUUAUACAGGAGCGUUUGGAAUAUGAAACAACACUAUAAAUACAAUUUUUAAAGAAAACUCAAUGCAGCGGCUAUGAUGCAUCCAAAUAAAAGGGUGACAAUAGGGCCGUGGCAAUAACUUAACUUCAUUCUACAACAGUGAAGCAAGCUAUAGUAGUGUCCUUAGUCUGGCUACCAUCAUGAUUAUCAUUUGAUCCACUGUUCCACAGUCUGUCUGCAAUACACCUAUAAAGCAGCAGUGUCCAAGAGCCUCAAAAAUCAAUUAUUUUGACUGAGAAAUAGACCUAGUCCAAUGACUUCCUAUUUCUUUCAGUGUGAACUGCACAGUAUUUAAAAGUAAAACAGGAAGGUUUGAAUGAAUGGCAUCAACAUACUAGAUUUUUUUAUUUUAUUUUA